AUGCUUCAUUUACCUGGUCAAAUUCGCCUGUCCGAAAGCUGUAUUCUUCAGAAUACCAAGCUAGGUUGGAUAGUCUGGGGCUCCAUUCCUGCUUAUAAACCAUCUGUCACCCAUCAACACAUUUCCAAUUUCGUUUCUAGCAUUGAACAUGUGUCCAACGCAGACAUCUCUAAGCAAUUGGAAAAAUUUUGGCGAAUUGAAGAAAUUGAUACUGAAUCCAGCACGCCAGCAGAACAUGCACAAAUUGAGCAGCACUACAUUGAGAAUGUUCAACGUCAAGAUGAUGGCAGAUUUUCUGCAGCCUUGCCGGAAAAAGAAGCUACAUGGAAUGACAUCUCCUGUAAUGUUGCAAUCAUCCGUCCUAUCUCAUCACAUGCCACUAGAGUCACAACUUCAGUGUUGAACAAUAUCAUUCAUAAAUUGUCUGAUUAUCAUCGCAUCACCCGUUCAACAGCAUACGUUCGUCGUUUCAUCCAUAACAUCACUCGACGUCAUCAUCCUGAUCAGCGCAGAUGUGGUCUACUCACAGUAGAAGAAAUUCAAGAGGCAGAAAUUGCGAUCAUCCGCACGGUUCAAGCAGAAGCAUUCACAGAAGAGAUUCGUCUUCUCCAUCAAGGCAGAGAAUUGCUUCCGUCUAGUUCCUUGAAAGCGCUAUCGCCAUUCAUUGACAAUGACUCAUUAUUGAGAGUUGGCGGCAGAUUGAGUCAAUCGGACUUGCCGUACGACUACAAACAUCAAAUCAUCUUGCCUUCUAAACAUCGUUUCACUCGUGCGCUCAUCAUGUCAUAUCAUCGACGUCUUUCUCAUGAUGGAGUUCAGAGCACCAUGACUUCAUUACGUCAGCGUUAUUGGAUACUAUCUACUCGUCGUACAGUCAAAUCAGUUUUGAAAUCCUGCCAUUUAUGUUUUCGCUUCGCCAAAUUUCGUUCGGAACAAAUCAUGGGACAACUUCCUCCUGUCAGAAUACAGUCUGAUUUUCCAUUCUAUAACUCUGGCAUAGAUUAUGCUGGACCGUUUUCAUUACUUGUUGGUUCCAAGAAAUCACGCACAUAUUCGAAAGCUUAUUUAGCUAUCUUCGUCUGCAUGGUCACGAAAGCAGUACACGUAGAAGUCGUCUCAGAGUUGACAACGAAAGCCUUUAUUGCGGCACUCAUUCGCUUCUCAUCACGUCGUGGUAUUCCACACUCCAUAUUUUCGGACAAUGCAACCACGUUUGUAGGUGCAAACAAUGAACUACAAGAUCUACAUCAGUUUUUUGAGUCAUCUAAAACUCAACAAGAUAUUCAUAACUACACGUCGGUUCUCAAUAUCAAGUGGCACUUCAUUCCACCUCGCGCCCCAUCUUUUGGAGGUCUAUGGGAGAAUGCUGUCAAGAAUUUCAAGAAAAUUUUCAAAGUCGUCACAUUCAAUCAUAUUCUUAAUUUUGAAGAUAUGACUACAUUCGCAGCUCAAAUUGAAGCUAUCCUUAACUCUCGUCCACUCGUACCUCUUACAGAGGACCCUCAAGAUCUUCAGUAUCUCUCGCCAGGUCACUUCUUGGUUGGUCGCCCAUUGACUGCGUUGCCUUUCCAUUGCCCACCCACCACCCAUGUCGAUAACAGGUGUCGUUGGAAACUUCUUCAAAAAAUCACUCAAGAACUUUGGGACAGAUGGUCUAAGGAGUACUUAGUCACACUUCAACGCAAGCACAAAUGGCUUACUGAAUCGGACAAUCUCACAGUUGACACCAUGGUUCUUCUGAAAGAUCUCAAUUCUGCUCCUUCCACAUGGAAGUUAGCUCGCAUCAUUGAAACCCAUCCAGGUGCUGAUGGAAAAGUUCGUGUUGUUACAGUGCAGACUGCACAUGGUAGAUUCAAGAGAGCCAUCUCUAGUCUCGCUCCGCUUCCAGCAUUUGAAGAUGAUUAA